AUGGCUGGAGAGCAGCAACAGAAGAUUGUGGACAAUAUCAUUGUUCCAACACCCACUUUACAAGAGAAGAGGGAGAGUGACAGACCAUACAAAUGUCCUAUUUGUGGUAAGGCAUUUCAUCGGUUAGAGCAUCAGACAAGACAUAUCCGUACACAUACCGGCGAGAGGCCGCACAGGUGCACGUUUCAAGGCUGCAACAAGAGGUUCUCUCGCUCUGAUGAGUUGACUAGGCAUUUGAGAAUACAUACCAAUCCUACAGUUCGUAAGAAGAGAGGCCCAAGGAGAAAGAACAGUAAUUCCAAUGGUAUAGUCGCUUCCAAAAAGGGUAACCAGCCCCAACUCAAAGGCAUGAUACAGGGCCAGAACGGUCCUACAGCCGCCGUACUUAUGCCUAUUGGGUACGACUUACAAGGCCAGCCAAUGUACCCGCAACCUGUUCCGAUUUACAUUUUACCUCCUGGUACUACUAUUCCAGUAUCAGGUAACAUGGGCUAUCAAAUGGCAGGUGGCGAUCAGCAGGGGAGACAAUUAAAUCAGCAGAAUCAGCAGAAUCAGCAGAAUCAACAGCAACCUCAAAUCAUACAUCUUCGGCAAAGGUCUAGUACAGACAAGUUUGGCCCUCAGAUUAUUCAACAACCAUCUAUUCAAAUUUCCCAGCCUGUGCCCCAGAAUAUGAUUGUGUCGAAUCCUCCUAAUAACCCAUUCGUUUCUUCAUCUACUGCUCAGAAUCAUUUCUUUGGUUCCCAGGAGGUCAAGAGGCCAUUUAAGUUUCAAUCGAUGUCUUCAUUGUCGAACUACUUUACUCCAAAAAAUACUGUUAGUGCUGCUUUAUCUAUGGGACUGAGCCCACCACAUUCUGAUCUUUCUUCCCGCACAAACUCUACAAAUUCAUUGAAAUCCUUAGAUUCAGGUGGUAACUCAUCCAGUACAACCACUCUGUCGUCGUUUGGUAACGUGAAGAACUCACUGACAUCUCUACACAAGCUCACACCUCUUAGAAGGGCCAAGAGCAGUAGGACAUCUCUUAUUUCUAGAGCACAUACUACGGUAUCUCUUUCCACGUUGGUGAAUGAGGAGGAUUAUCCUUGUGACAAAGAUGAACAACCAAAGAAAAAGUCUAGACCUAAUUCUCCUAUCACUUCGUCUUUUGGAUUCACUUCCCCAUCAGAGGUUCGAAGACCUGCUGCGGUGUUCAACAUUACAUCUCCUCUGGAGACACCAUUUUCUACUCCACUUCAAUCUCCUACUUUGAAACCUUGGAGUAUGAGUUCGGUUCCAUUGCAUGAUCUGCUAAACAACAAGUCUUCCAAUAAUGGUAGUACGAGUUCCACAAAUAGCAGUAACAGCGAGAACAGCAACUGUGCUCAUGCUCCUAUUCACACUCAAUCAGAAGUCCAGCUUCCGUCCCUCCAAACUAUGCUAGGACCUAUGGAUGAGUUGGAUUCAAAGCUAAGCGAUAAAAGCGUUAGAGAUGACCCGGACGAGCGCGUCAAAAAUAUUCUUAACAGAUCGAUGUCUCACGACAAUUUGUCUAUACUCCCACGGAAAGGGAGAUCGGAUUUGAACUUAUCUUCCCUCAGUGAAAGAUGA